UUGUACAGGCGCCCAAAACACUGUGGCUUUACCGGCAUUAUUGUGCAGAAGUUAAAGAAUGAAAUUUUUCCAGACUUACAAUAUUAUUUAUCGCAACAGGUGCACCCGGUUGUGAGCCGUUUGUGCGCUCCGAUUGAGGAAUGUGACGCCGUUUGGAUUGCACAAGCUUUGGGUCUUGAUGGCUCCACUUUUCGGAAAUUCGUUAACGCUCACAGUGAAGCAGCGGAAGUGGAUGAUCAGCACGACAAGCUUACAAUUAUACAGUACGAUUUCGAUCAGUGCGAACCGUUUAAGUUCAUCUGUCCACACGAGGGCUGUGAACAUGAAAUUAUUGUACGUGGAUGUAUAUUGUCUGUUGUAAGUUAA